GUUAAAUAGAUACUGGAAAUUGAGUGAUGAGUGUGGGCUAAGGCUAAGGCUCACUCAAUAGUCAAAAUAUGAAUAUGUCGUUAUCGGAUGUAACUCGAACAGUACAGCUAAUCAGUGGCCAUUUAAUGCCGAUUAUUGGGCGUGAGACAUAAAUGAUGAUUCAACUUAUUUAAAUGCAAAUUUGAUUAACUUCAACCAAAUUUUUAAACUAAAAUUAAAAUAAUUUACUACUACUAGUACUAAUUACUAUUACUAGUCUAACUAGUACUAACUAGUCCUAAUAAUCUAAGUUAUAAUAUAAACUAGUUAUAUAGUUAUAGUAAAUAAAGUCUAACUCUAAAAUAUAGUUGUAAUAAAAGCUAUUUAUCCCACUCCUUAAAUCAUUUACAAUAGUAUAAAUACUAUUAUAAUACUAUUACUAAGUCAAAGUUAAAGUAAAGACAAAACACAAGUCAAAUUCAAAUGCUUAUGACUAUGAAAUGCCUCAUCAAUUCCCCCCCCCCCCCUCCACCUGAUAUUUCAUAAGCCAAUAAUUAAUAAUUAUUUCAACUCUUUCAGCACCCCAUUACAAGGCACUGUGCACAUAUUAAAUAUAACUUGAAGGGGGUAGAGGGGUGGUUUAUCAUUUUUUAAUAUUGUGUAAUGUGGGGUAGGCCGGGUAGGGUUUGGUAGAGAGUAGGCUAAUGUUACUAACAAUUCUUUUUAUUUGUUUUUUAAAAUUAAUGUGCUUUUUUUUUCAAAAUGUCUGAUUUACAAAAUUAGCCCAGAUUAUUAAAAAACUAAAUGCAUUUUUUGCUCAGCACAUAUAAAAAAUAUAAUUUGGGGCUUUUUGAUUGAAAUUUGCUUGUUUCUGCUUUGUUUUGGAGUUUAUUCAUUUUUAUCAGGGUGUUGGGUGGGAGGGGGUGUUGCUAGAAUUGUUAUAUACAUUUUAGGGGGUGGUCAAUAGAAAUGUUAUUCAACGUUAUUAUAAGGGGUAGGGGUGUGUCAAAAAUGUCAUCUUUUUUUAUUACCGGGUUAUGUAAUAUUUGCACAGCACCUUACCCAGAAUAGUCUACGAGAACAAACUUUUUACUUAUGUAUCAACAUCCUACCAGAGUGACUCUUAAGAGUCUGAUAAAUGUUUUCAAAUUGGCCCAAAUUGCCCCCAAGGUGUUACAAAUAUAGGGGUUUUAUGUAAAAAGCAGUUUUUAUAUAAAUUACAUGGAAGUGGCUACAGAGUAAAAUUAAAUACUAAAAUGGCUCACAUUUAAAGAAAGAUAAACUCUGAGAAUGCUAAUCUAGAAUAAUCAAGAUACUAACUAAAUAAUGAAUAUUUAAAAUGUAAUAUAUGAAAUUAGAUUUGAUUAUCAAUAGUGUUGUGUGAAUUAAUGUGACUAUUAUCCCCUUUUAAAGCCCACGGUUCCAGAGAUCAUUUCUUAUUUUUACUAUCUUGUAUUAUAUUGUGAUGCUUUAAGCUAUGGAGUUAAGAAGUAAUGUGUUCUGUCAUCUGUGUCCAUUAACCAUUUAACUGUUAUUUAUUAUAUUUGUUUUGUUUAUUUUUAUUGCUGCUUCAGUUGGAACAUACAAAAUGCAUGGAUAUGAAGUCCUGUAUAGAUCUGUUGAUGCUGCACUAGUUGAAGGUUAUCGUUCCUUUGGUAAGUAAAAAAAAAGCCAUUUUGAUUUCUAUUUUUGACUUGGAGCACUGAUCACUGGCUAAAAUUUCAUUACCAAAUGUAACAUGGAAUACUAAUACUAAUGAAAAUCGAUGGCGGACAAAAUGUAUCUGUUACGCACUGACUUGUAUAGGGAGAAAUUAAUCUCCUAUUUUAAUUUUAAUUUGCUCGUUGCAAGCAGUACCUAACAAAGGACGAUACCAUAGAAUCAACAAUAUUAAAGAUACGACCCAAAACAGUUUCUAGUUACAAUUAAUAAGAUUUAUUAUGUCUUAAGAUAAUUACCAAAGAAAAGAAAAUAUAAUUACAAUCUUCAACUUACAGUAUGGUAGAUCUUGUACCGGUACACAGUUAAUACAAUUAGAAUAAUGUGCCAAUGAAUAAUGCGAAAUAAACACAUAUAAGCUCACAAAUACACAAAGAAUAAAACACGCCUCGUAAUGUUAAGAAAAUCUAUCUGAAAUCUCCGUCCUCGUCUGUGCCUGUCAAUCCCUUAUAUAGGUGGGUCUACCGACACCUAAGCCCUGCCUUCGAUAAGCUACAUGGCAUUUCUAGAACAAUCAGAUUCAUUCUACAAAAUACUACUUGGAACAGAUUAAUUAUUUUUAGUAGCUGGCGGCAUAAACACGAAAUAGAUCAAAGGCCUAAGCCACACCCCUUUGUGAACACAGCGUCUCAUGCUGGGUCAAUCAUAGGGCACGCACAAGAAAAAUUAUGUAAACAAGCUCUCUUUAACAGUAUCCCUGUUUGAAAGUAUUUAUAUCAAUAAAUGAAUUGCAGAUAAUAAAGUUUUGUAAAUACUAAGACUUCAUGUUUAUAAUUUACAUUAUCUCUGGGGCAGGAGUGGUGAACUUUUUCACAGCUGAAGACUCAUGUUACUUUUGGAAAUAAUGAACAGGCCACAUCUUACCAUCUUUUCUUGGGAAAUAAUCCCCAUGGAAUAUAUAAAUUUAUUUUAUCGCACACUUUGUGUAACAAUAACUUAUAGUUUUAUAAUGUAAUGUUAUUAUUAUCCUAUAAGUAAGAUUCGUUGCACUUGAUCUCUAAGUGAUGAUCGUGUCAUUCUAUGGCAAGUAACACAGGCAAAAAUACAUAGUCUGGGCAAACCCCAGAAUCAAAUUUUCCCUAGUCAGCCAAUCCCAAUUCUCCAUAAGCAAAUUUUUAUUCGGUUUCUUAAACAGAGUUGGGAAGAUGAUUACGGGAAAAUAUUUAAGGAUCUUAAAUAAUAGAGAGUUCAUUGAAAAUUAUUAAUUAAUAUAUUAGGCUCCAUAGAACUCUAAGGAAUUGUGUAGGAAGUGGGAGGGGGGGUUGUAUAAAUUCGGCAAAAAGCUUUGCCUGCACUGGGCGGCAUUUACCCUAGAUAUGCCUGUGACUCUAAGGAUCAAUUUAUUAAAUUCUUUUACUAAUGAUAUUGACCAAUUUGAUCCACACUUUUGGCCAUCUCUUACACUGCAAAUUUCUUUUAAAACCAUUGUCCUCAUUUCAAUUUUUUUAUGAAUUUAAUUUAUGAGCCUACCCAACGAUAUUCUACUUUUCUAUUUUAUACUGUUUUCUUAUAAACUUUCACACAUACGUUAACAAUCCAAACGGUUUAAAUUAAUUGUUUAACUCUUGAAUUCUAUUGCCUUCUACUAUUUAUGUUCAUUUUAUAGAAAAAUAGAAUGUCUAUUAUAUUGUAUUUAACAUUGUACAAUUGUAGACUAUAAAUUUUAUUUCAAUUUUUUAAUCUUAAAUGUUUUUUCUUGUAAACAGAUACUGCUGCAGUAUAUAGAAAUGAAGCAGACCUUGGAAAAGUCUUUAAAGAACUUCUUCCUAAAUAUAAUCUUCGAAGGAAAGAUAUCUUUAUUAUCACUAAAUUGGGUAAAUUAUAUAUUUUAUGUGCACAUUCAUUGUUUUGUGCUAAAGACAUCUUUAUAAUUUAAGUUAUAAAUAUUCAAUGGCAUCUCUAGUUAUAGUUAUUGAAUAUUAGCAUAAAGAUAAAAUAAGUCACUUGAUUAAUACAGGGCACUCUUUUGUUAUAUUUAUUGAAUCAUUUAAAUUUCCAGAAUGGCAUAAGAAGUCAUGGAAAUGAUCAAAUCAAUUAACUUCCUUUAUGUAUUGCACCACACCGGAUUGAUUAAUUUUUUUCUAAAUUUAAAGUUUCAAGCAAAUAAACUCUCAUUAAAAUGUAUGCAAAUACUUAGAUCAAAGGUGAAUAUUAUCUAACAGGUCCCGGGGAUCAUGGGAAAGGCAAAGCAAUGGCUGCUUGUUUAGCCUCUUUAGAACGACUUGACUGUCUGUAUUUAGAUCUCUACCUGAUUCACUGGCCUGGUGCACAGACACUAUUACAAGAUGAUCAUAGGCAGAAGCAACUCCGCAAAGAAAGUUGGCUUGAUAUGGAGGAAGCUCAACGUCAAGGUGAAGAGCCCCAGCAAAUACAAGUUAUUCUGUUUAAAAAAUGUAUAUACCAUCAACAGAAGUUUUACUCCUGCUGUUUUUUUUAAAUGAGAGGCCUAAUAUUUUAUCUUAAUUUUUAAUGUAGUUGAUUAUUUUUUUUUUUAACACUGGUCUAGUAAUUCCAUAGAUUGUAUGCUAGUAUAAUCAGUAACUUAUCUACAGGUCUAAUCUCUUAAAUAUUUUUUUAUUUUUUUAAAACACACCUGUAAAGAUUUUUUUUUUAAUUAAUACUAUACACUAAAGAAUCUUAGGUUGUUGUUUGCACCAAUCUCAGGAGCCAGAAUAUAUUUUGAGUGUUAUUCUCAGUUUGCACUCACUUUCUCACUCAGCAGUGGCUUUUCUAAUUGUAUUAUAGUUAUAGGUCAGCAACCUCAAUAACACCCCCCUCUUCCUCUCCUGGAGGGUUGGAGGACCUUAGUUGUUUUUUUCCUGUGAAAAUAACCACAACUGUAACCCCAAAUGGUCAACCCCUGUUGUGUUUGAGCAUUAGUCCUAUCACUGCACAUAUUCAGGCUCUUCAUUGUCACAUGGUCUCCAUAUUUCCUUUCCUUUUUAUAACUAUUUUAUUUUAGAAGUUUUAUUCUUUUUGUAUUUUAAAUUGCCCUUUCCUUAAUUUUACAACACACACAAAGAAACAGGCAGUAGAAUGUUGUAAAAACAACAACAAGAAAUCACUUGAUGGUUAAAAUCUAAUACCAUAAUGUCUUAUUAUAGCCAUAAUAAUUAAUAUUCUCAUUUAAAAUAAUUGUAAAUUUUUACUGGUUUGCCUUUAAAAAAACCUCAAAUUUCCAGUGUUAUAACAGAUAAUUUAUUUGCUACCAAAAUACGUAUUAAGUUACUAACCUUCUUCAAAAAAGUUUACAUAAAGGAAUAAUUCUCUUCAUGAAAUAAAACUGUUAAAUGACCUUGCUUUCUUUAGCUCUUUUUAAACCACAUGGCUCAAGUGCAGUCUGACUCCUGAUCUGCAUGUAUACCUCAAAUGGCUUGGCAUGUAUUUAACCCUGCUCUGGUACCAUGGGGUCUAUUUGACCCCAGCCCUCUGGACGGUGUUUUUUUAAAAACUAUCACGAGUAGUGACCUCGCCUGCUAAGUAUGUUAUCGUAAGGCCUUCCUAAGUAUGUGACACAUGUUCAAUAGUUUCAAACUAUUUCCAAUUAUCUAUUAUUUAGGUUUAUUUUCACUUGGGGUCAAAUUGACCACAUAGUACCCUCAAUGUAGUGUUAUGUAUGACACAUUUCCCCAUGCGUGAACUUUGCAGUUGCGGCAUUGUACCAGAGGCACGAACACCAUCCUGAAGCAACGCACAGCCUCAGUCAGAACAACGCAAGAAAUGUUAUAUUUGUCCCAGAUCCCAUGACAAGAAAACCAAACUAGUCUGUCACGAGUGCAAUAAGUUUGUGUGCGAAGAGCAUACCAAGCGAUUGUGCAAUCAAUGCCAACAGUGAACAUUUUGCACAUGAAAUACUGUGAAAUAUUUAUUUGGAUUUUAUAACACAAUGUUAUAUUGAAAUAUUUCUUUGGAUUUUAUAACACAUUGUCAUACCAUAGUAUGUCAAGGAAAACAAAAUAUUCUAAUAAAGUGCUGUUAUUCUCGUCAUAUAGCAUGUUUUUCUCCAUGGGGUCAAACUGACCCCAUAGUAUUAGUACCAAAUGUGUGACUUUUUUCAUGGUACCAGAGCAGGGUUAAAGCUGGUAAAAUAUUUCUAUCCUUAGGAAAAAUUAGAUCCCUGGGAGUCUCCAACUAUAUGCCUAGACACAUUGAAGAGCUAAUCAGUUACAGCAAUGUGAGACCAUCUGUACUGCAAGUAUGUUUAAAAAAUAAUUAAAAUAAACAACUUGAUUUUUCCAUGAACAUGCAAUAGUCUAAAUUGUAAGAAAAUUGUAUUCUUCAUGUUGCUUAAAUACUUUAUUGAAAUUAAAGUUUCUAUAGUGAUGUACUACAGAAUUUAUAAACAACAUUAAUAUGUGUAUCUCUAAAUUGAUAUUAGUGACAUGAAUGCCUCAUUAUUUUUUUUAUAGCGAACUUGAUACAAUUUCUGUUGUUAGAUUGAGUACCAUCCUCACCUGAUCCAGAAUGAGGUGAAAGAAGUUUGUGACAAGUAUGGCAUUCACCUUCAAGCUUACUCUUCUUUGGGAACAAGUAGUCACCAUAACAAAGUUGGUUUCAUGGCCAUAUUAAUUGUCUGUAGUAAUUAUAAUAAUAAUAAUUAGUGGUCUUUUAUAGCGCUGUAUCCCAGCCUAGGGCUGGGCUCACCGCGCUGUACAUAAAAAUAUUAUCAAAAGAGACAUAAUCAUGACAUUAAAAUAAAAUACAGUUAUGAAGUAAAGAACAGCAUGAACCCCAGGACUUUUACAAGCUAAACCAUGGACGGCAGCCAACAAGAUCAUUUAAAUAUAUAUGUUGUUUGAUUAUUUGGAUUCCACUAUAAAAAAUUUCUGUGGGUCUUGGGUUAAGAAUGAUAAUGGAUUUAACAUUUCUAAAUUCUUUGAAAUUUCAAAGUACAGUAUGCUCUAUAAUUAUAAUGGAGCCAUAUAGUACACCUCAAUAGCCUCCCUUGCUACUUUAUAUAACCCAUGCAGCAGCACUUUCCCUUAAACUUAAAUGCUGUUUUUUAAAUUCUCUAUAAAAAAAGUUAAAUCCCAAACGACUUUAAAGAGCAUGCUAACACUGUUUCUCCCCCCCCCCCCCUUUUGGAAUCAGUUUUUCACAAAUAUUUCCUAUUUAUUGUGUCUCUAAUUUUAUAUAACCCAUGCAGCAGCCCUUUCCCUUAAACUUAAAUGCUGUUUUUUAAAUUCUCUAUAAAAAAAGUUAAAUCACAAACGACUUUAAAGAGCAUGCUAACACUGUUUCUCCCCCCCCCCCCCUUUUGGAAUCAGUUUUUCACAAAUAUUUCCUAUUUAUUGUGUCUCUAAAUAACUAACAAUACCAAUACUAUGUCAGCCUUAACAAAGAACUCAGUGCAUUUCUUUAUGUGUGUUUACCCAGCUUCUAAUUAACCCAACUAUUGUGGAAAUCGCACGCCAAUUAAAGAAAUCUCCAGCUCAAAUUCUACUUCGAUGGGCUAUCCAACAAGGUGUAGGUAAGAAAUCAGCAUUCACUCUUUUCAAAUUUUUAAACUGAUAAACAGUUGAUUGUUGUGUGACAAGUUACUUCUACUUCUAUCAAAUGUAGUCCCAGUAGCACAAUGGUAAUGUCUACCUCUAAACCAAGUAGACAUUAAAUUCAUCCAGUGUGCAUAUAUAUAUGCAAAGAAAUGCUAAUUACCAUUAAAUAUCUGCAGAUGGAAUAAUUUCAGAAUGUAAAAAAAACAACAAAAAAACCACUUCUACUUCAAUAAAAUACAUUUAAUUUUUAUGGAAUGUGUAUAUAAAAUAAAGGACUUUAAUCAUUUAUAAAUUACCAAUUUUUUUUAAAUUUCAGGAAUUAUUCCCAAAUCAGUUAAUCCAGUGCACAUAAAGGAGAACAUGGAUAUUUUUUCAUUUUCAAUUCCAAGUGACCAGAUGCUUAAGAUUGCAAACUUGGACAACCAAACCCAUUAUUGUUGGAACCCUGCCAGCAUUAUCUGAACGAAACAUUCUAUUUCUAUUCCGUGCAGACUACAGGAUUUUUGUUUGAAAAAUGAUCCCUAUAGUGAAAAACUGAGCUAGAAGUUAGGUGGUCUAGAGUACAGAGAAUAGGGCUGGACAGCAGCAAAGCUUUAAGUAUAAAGUUACACAAAUCAUGUGUAAAAACAAGUAACAUGGGGCUCUAUUUACGAAAGAUCGACAUACUGAUUGGUAUGUCCUACCACCUUCUGAGUGGAAAAAAAUAGUUACACAAACUUAAAGAAGGUAAAAAAAAAUUUACAAUUAGUUAUAACAGCAGACAUAAAGUAAAAUUUUUUUACUGAAAUAAACAUAGUAACAACUUUGAAAGAAGAGGGUAUUUAAUGUGGAAUCAUUUAUUACUAUAGUGAUACAUGCUUACCUUUCACAAACUUUCCACUGCAUUUAGUUUAUUAAUAUUUUAACAUUGUUACAUUUGAUAAAUAGAGCAAGGUAAUAAACUCAAAUGUUUU